AUGGCAGCAACGAGCGUACGCGCCGUGUUCGCCGAACCAAGAACAUGGCGUACAUUGAUUGUGACAUCAUGCUUCCUGACGACCCCAAUCAAAGUCUGUUUGACGAAGACUGGAGAGAAACGGGCCCGUUUCCUUGGAGGCGAUGUUUGUUUGAACUUCAUCACUGCCGUCAAAAAUGAUCACCGAGAGCGUGAAAAUGAGUAUGCCCGAACUGUCGAACGCAAGUGCUUGGACUUGACCAAGCAACUCACCAAUGAAUACCUCAACCGUGCUGAAACCGCCGGGAUUUCCAACAACCUUACCGAGAAGGGUCUUCCCGCAGAAUUCACCCAGAAUGUUUCUUCCGCUGUUAACACUAUGAUUGCCGGUGCUCCUGUUUCCACCGAAGAAUUUGACGCUGCCACUGCCCUCCUUGGCAUGGCUACCAGCCAGCCUCCUGCUGUCGGCGAAGGUCACAUCGCCGAAGCUGCCGGGCCUGCCUCGCCCGUUGCUCAGAAGCCUCUCUCCCGCAUUGACGAGGAGUCCACCUUGGGCUCUUCUCACGCUGCCACCUCUCCCCCUCCCGAGGCCCCUCACCCUGCCAAGGCAUCCUCGGAUGCCGAGGAGUCCCACGACUCCGAGCUUCUCCCUCGGAUCCCUGUGUUCAAGCGGAACAAGCGAUCCCGCCCCGAUGACCAUGGAUCGGCCGGAGAGCCGGCGCAGAAGCGCCAAUACACCAAGUCCAAGUGA